GGGAGCUGAGGGGAGACUAUGCAACACCAGCCCCCAGAGAGAAGACAUGAUGACGCCAGCCCCUGAAGAAGGUGGUUCCAGCCUCUGAAGAAAGAAGAAAGCAGCAUCCAGCAGCCACCCUCUGAGGAGGGAAGAGAAGCUGAAGGACUCUGUCAUAGACUAGGCCUCGGUCCUGUCUCUGACAUUGCCUGAGAGGAGCACCACAGGCUCACUGGGCCUGGUGUCUCAAAGAGCUGCUUGUUCUUAGUAUAACCCAGCAACUCACAAAGAGCCAUUAACACUGGGUGUCUCUGACACCACCUCUGCGGGGCCAGUAGUGGCCAUCAUUACUGGCCAGUGCUGCCCAGCACUCCUGGUGACCUGUGGCGACCAUCACUGAUGCUACCUGGGUGAGAUAGCAGCCACUUGUUGCUUUCAAGAUGUACUUGGGAAUUACACCAACUGUGGCCUGUAACAAUUCCAGCAGAAAUGAAUUUUCCCUGAUUCUAGACAAGAACCCUCUGAUAGAGUUUGUGCAAGAGCUCCCUGCUGGGCGAUCUUCUCUGUGCUACUGUGAUUUGCACUGUGGGAUUAUCAGAGGUGGCCUGGAAAUGAUCCCUAGUAGUGGAAUUGCUGGAUUGCAUGGUAGCUCCUAAAAUGGAGAAAAACUUCUUAAGCAUAUGUGCAACAGAGAACUUUUAUGGACAUAUUCUAUGAAUCUCAGAAACAAUACUCUGGGGAAAAUGGCAAAUCUUACUGUAUGACAUCACAUUCAAUUCAAAAACAGGUGCCCCCAAAUUAAGAGAGUAUGAAUUGGAAGCUUGUGGAAGAAUAACUGGGAAGUUUGUGAAAACGGAAGUAAAGCCUUCUGGACCUGUAUGAUCUUAUCUGGUCCUUGAAACGUGGUGAUAAAUCCAGCAAGAAUAUCAGAAAGCAAAACGGUGGCUAUCUGCCUCAGGGAAAUGAAGAGAUCUCUUUUAUCUCUAACAAAGAAAGGAGAAAGGAAAAAACUGAAGGCAAAUCAUUAUGGACAGCACAGAUAAGUAUCUCUUUAAAUUUAAAGGUUUUUAUUUUUCAACUUCUUAUCUUGAUCAUGAACUACUAGAAAACCUAGAUGAUUUUGAAGUCAGAGAUGACGAUGUCUUCAUAGUUACAUAUCCAAAGUCUGGUACUAUCUGGACUCAGCAAAUACUAAGCUUGAUUUAUUUUGAGAACCAUCGUAAUAGAACUGAAAGUAUAAAUGUAAAUAUCAGAGCCCCCUACAUUGAAUACAAUUUACAGAAGACUGACUUUUCCAAAAGACCCUCCCCUAGGAUCUUUUGUACCCACUUGCCUUAUCACUUAGUGCCAAAAGGUCUCAAGAACAAAAAAGCUAAAAUUAUUUACAUUUACAGAAACCCCAAAGAUAUUUUGAUCUCAUAUUAUCAUUUUUCAAAUUGGGUGACUGCAUUUGAACCCUCAGAAAACAUAGAGUGCUUCAUGGAAAAAUUCCUUAAUGGAAAAGUGGUAGGAAGUCUUUGGUUUGAUCACAUCAGAGGCUGGUAUGAGCACAGACAUGAUUUCAAUAUUCUCUUCAUGAUGUAUGAGGAGAUGAAGAAGGAUCUCAGAAUUUCUGUGCGAAAAAUCAGCAGAUUCGUUGAGAAAGAGCUGAGUGAAGAAGACAUAGACACUAUUGUAAAACAGGCUACAUUUGAAACCAUGAAGACUGAUCCACUAGUAAAUCAUAAAGCCAUAUCAGAAAACGAAGCUGCAACCAGAACAGAGGGAAAAUUCCUGCGCAAAGGUACCAUUGGAGACUGGAAAACUCACUUAACUGUGGAACAAAAUGAAAGAUUUGACAGAAUAUUCAAAAGUAGGAUGAAAGAUUUCCCCUUGAAGUUUAUCUGGGAUAUGAAUGAAAACUAGAAUCAGUGCAAAAGAAGUUCAUUCAAUCAGCUAAUACAGA